GUUGCGUCAUGUAACUAUGGCAACGCUGCCACGUUGCUAUAGUCACGGUCGUUCCAAAUUAAGCUAGCUUAGCUUGCCUUUUCUGUUUUCGAGUAAUUACCUGUAAAAUGUCAGCAGCUCCAGCUCGUAGAGUACUGUUUGGAAGUUCACAGGACAGAAAAAUUUUCCCCUGCCAUUUCGCGCCAGACAGGCUGGGAAUACAAGAGAAACGAGAGGAAACGCCUGAUCUCGGACCUGGCUGCUAUGACAACCAUGAGUUUAACACCAUCAUUUAUAACUUACGGAAAAGACCUGAGAGUAAGAGGGGAUAUGUUCUCUCUGCCAGGACUGCUGUCCGCUUUCCACCUUUAAACAAGAAGACGAUGACCCCUUCACCUCAGCAGUACCAGCCGGAUCAAAGCCAAUCAAGAGUUUCUCCUCCUGGCAGAGCACCGUUCAUGUCAAACACACACAGAUUCAAGAAGACGUCACAUUCUGCUGAUGACAGCCCAGGCCCUGGGACGUACGCUCAGGAUUCAGUCACAAACAGGAAAGUGAGCUGGCCCAUGUGCUUUGGGAGACCGGACUGGUCCAGACUGCCUCAGCUGGAGAAGAGGGCGCUCAGGGUGAAGUUAACCAGUGACGAGGAGUUUAUUAAACACAGGAGCAGACUGGCCUAUCUGAGUAUGUACUAUUAGCUCUACAGCCGAGGCAUGGAAAUACAUCACAACACCGAAACCACAUGGAGUCAUCCAAUUUUAACUGAACC